AGGCUGCUUUGAGACGUUUUAGUGGAUAGUGUCUUUGGUCUGGCGAAGCCAACCACAAGAGCGGAAUGGCUGUCAAUGUGGCUGGAUUGAAGCGGAAUUUGAAGAACAUAGCUCACAAUUACACUGAUGCGCAGGUAAAGGUUAGAGAAGCUACGAGCAACGAUCCAUGGGGUCCUUCCAGUACGCUGAUGUCGGAAAUUGCCGACAUGACGCAUAAUAUAGUUGCGUUUUCCGAGAUAAUGCAGAUGAUUUGGAAACGAUUGAAUGAUCAUGGGAAGAAUUGGCGACACGUUUACAAAGCCCUCGUCCUGUUAGAGUAUUUGAUAAAGACGGGCAGCGAUAAGGUGGUGCAACAGUGCAAAGAAAACAUAUUCGCGAUACAAACCCUGAAGGACUUCCAGUAUUUCGAAGAAUGCAAAGACUAUGGAAUGAGCGUCAGAGAGAAAUCAAAGUCUAUGUUCACUCUCUUGAAUGACGAGGACAAACUGAAAACUGAACGAACGAAAGCUUUGAAAGCAAAAGAACGCUUCCAUCAAGCCAUGCGAUCGGGUUCUGAUUCAGAUGGUUUGCGAGAGCCUGUAGACCUUGAUCCAAAGCCUCCGGGCUGGGGCCGUCCUUUGUCCACUGAUUUGGAAAGUGCUCGACCGGCUACCAUAGGAGAAGAGGAGUUGCAGUUACAACUCGCGCUGGCAAUGAGUAAAGAAGAGGCGGAUCAAGAGGAAGCGCGUAGGAAAUCGGAUGACUUGCGUCUUCAGUGGGCCUUGAGCAAAAGCAAGGACGAAAACGGUGAUGCAGCUCUCACGAUGGAAGGGAACAGAAGUGCUUCGUUGGAUGACAUCUUAGAUUUGAAAUUGGAUGCUCCGAUGCCUGGUGGAGCCAGUGGUUUGCGGAGGAGUAUAGGUGCUAUGAAUGAUCCAUGGGGUGCGCAGAAUGAUUCUGAUCCUUGGGGUUUGCCGAAAAGCAACGCCCCGAACAAAAAUGGGAUAGGCGCUUUGGAUCUUGCGGAUCCCUGGGCACCGAGUGCAGGUCCGUCCCAAACGACUGAUUCAAAUGAUCCCUGGGGAAGCCCACCAACCAACAGUGUGGAAGAUUCCGACCCUUUUAAUAUGUUCGGGGUUAGAAACAGUCUCAUGUCAUCCAACACCUCGUCCUAUGGUCAGAACAAUGGCGAUCCCCUUGGGUCGACUUCUGGUGAUGCCGGUUUUAAGAAGAAAAAGCCUGAGGACUUCCUCGGGGAAAACAGUGCUUUGGUCAAUUUGGAUAAUCUAGUGUCGAAACCAACGCCGGCAUCAACAUUCACGGAUUCUGCCAUGAGUAAUCCAUUCGCCCUGACGGGAUUCAGUAGCGCUACGCCUCAGCCAGUUCAUAAUCCAUUUCAAACCGCGUCAGUGCCGAGACCCACCUUGAAUGAGAUGCGGAUGAAUCAAGCCGGUGCUGACAACGCAUGGGGUCGUGUGUACCCUGAUCUUGCCAAUCCAUUCGGUGAUGUGAGUUUGUGGAUUCAUUCCGAAAAUGGCGGCGGGUGCGCCAUUUCAGUUGAGCCUCCGAAAGAAAAUUUGGAAGAAGUGUUCUUUUUCUUUGUUGUUGUCUUAGUUACCGAGUCUUCAUAG